CAAGCCAUCUGCUCUCAAUUCGGCUAAUCCUACCCGCAACCUGAAGCUAAUUAGCAUUCUAUGCAUGUAACCAAUCAGAUUCGACCCGGAAUUAGGGCAUCGUGAUUCCGGAAAUGCGUCAGACCCUUUCGAAUCAGCAAAAAAAUCUCCAGAUGCUAGCGUUCAUGAGAAGAUUGUGCAUACAUACUACUGUAAAUCCCGCGCAUCUCACUUCACACGUUUGGAACGAAAGCAUUCAACAGUCAACUAAAUCUACAUACGUGAACAUGCCUUCAGCAAUAGAGUCUGCCGGCACCAACUGGAUCGCCCUCACCAAAAAGACCGGGAAAGUCGAAGAGCGCGAAGCAGAAAAGAUUUUCGAGACCCUUCCGCCUGCGCCCAUCGAGACCUUCAAGGGAUCAUGGAAAGGCUUUUCCGUUAACACCGGACACCCCGGCCCCAAGAAGAACGACGAGGUGAGAUGGGCCGGCAAGAACUUCUGGGGGGUAGACGAUGUGGAGCCCAUGGUUCAGUACAACGAGGCAGGCGAAAGGGUGUGGAUGGAACAGAUUGGAAAGGCCCGGUUCAGGGAGGUCAAGUACAAGGGUGUGUUGUCGACCGCAAUGAUUUACGACAAGAUGCCUAUUACUGACCACUUCCGCCUCGUUAACGAUGACAUGGUCGCGGGUGUUAUGGAUACUCAUUUGUUUCCUGGGGAAGGCAAUAUGUACUUUUAUUUGACCAAGUUGUAGGGUAUGUUGCCCUCAGUUGAGCAAAUCUGAUUUGAAGCGUCAUAGAAUUACAUGACCAAAUCAAAGCGUCCGCAAUUCAUGUCUCGUAUGAUUUGCGAGCAUCGUGAUGGGCCACCCUUGACAUUAUCAGGCAGCGGUAAAGCUAUCUCUCGACUCAAUCUAUAAUGGCGUCACAGUUUUCAAGGUCUGACUUAGAGUCUUCAAAUUGGGUUUUGAACUAGGAAAACGAUAAUCAGGUGUAUAUCAGCACGCUAGUGACAAAGUCAAAGUAAAUCAAGA